UUGCCUCUUUUCCCGAUCUCCUAGACGAGAGAGAUAAAGGAAGAAAGAAAGAAAGAAAGAAGGAAGCGAGGUACAAAGAAAAAAAAAAUGACGAGUUGGGGGAACUUCACUGACGUCACGAACGCAAAAUAGUUGAUUAGAGUUUCGUUUAAAAAAAAAAUAAUAAUAAUUAAAAAAGAUAAAAUGCAGAAUAACACCAUGGCUGCGGAGGAGGUACGGGUGUGCCGCCGGGCCCCCGUGGCUGUCAAACAGGAGCAAGACGACGAUUCAGACGCUGAAGAGCCGAACCUGGGGCUCAAGAAGUCGGAUGGACAGAUCAUCCACAGCGGUCACUUCAUGGUCUCUUCGCCUCACAGCGAGCACCCACCGAAAAAGGGCUACGAUUUCGACACGGUCAACAUGCAGACGUGCCAGACGUACUGCUUUGGGAAAACGAGCACCUCUCACUUCUCUAUCGAUGCAUCUCUAACCAAACUGUUCGAGUGUAUGACCCUGGCGUACAGUGGGAAAUUGGUGUCACCAAAAUGGAAAAAUUUUAAAGGACUGAAGCUGCUAUGGAGGGACAAAAUCCGCCUCAACAACGCCAUCUGGAGGGCGUGGUACAUGCAAUAUGUAGAAAAGAGAGACAAUCCAGUGUGCCACUUUGUUACUCCGCUGGAUGGAUCAGUAGACAUGGAGGACCAUCGCAGACCAGAGGCAAUUGCAACAGAAGGAAAAUAUUGGAAAAGAAGAAUUGAAAUAGUAAUAAGGGAAUAUCACAAAUGGAGAACUUAUUUCAAGAAAAGGUUACAGAAGCACAAGGAUGAAGACCUCUCAAGCCUUGUCAAGGGUGCUGGGGAGCAGUACUCGUUGUUUGGGGAAUGCUAUCCAGACACCUUCUGUGUCUCCUCCUGCCAGGAUGACGAGGUGGGGGCCUGGCGGGCGAACAGGAAGGGCCGGGACACCCCGGUGCCUAUGGAGCAGGACAUUGACAUAGAAAUGCUGAUGUCAGAGUUCACCGACACGCUCUUCUCCACGCUGGCUUCCCAUCAGCCCAUCCCCUGGCCCAAUCCUCGAGAGAUCGCACAUGCUGGAAAUGCAGAUAUGAUUCAACCAGGUUUAAUUCCCCUUCAGCCAAAUCUGGAUUUCAUGGAUACAUUUGAGCCUUUUCAGGAUCUGUUUCCUUCUGUUCGCUCGUCUUUUUUCCCUUCAGUUUCUUCGAUGGCAAGCAGCAGUUGUCCAACUCAGACCUCCAUCCUGACGUCUCCAAUCUCCUCUGCCAGUCUCAGCCAGGAGCUGAUUCCACCCUCUGCUACCCCUGCUGUUUCAAACGCGAGCAAUAAGAACUGUUCCAGGGCUGUCAACGCUUUCGGACAGACAGCUGAGUUCAGGCCACAGACACCUCUAGCAAACCAGCAGACGUUUUUACCUGUGUUUCCCCCAUUGGUGACCUGUGUUCCCUGUGCAGCUGAUGCCGCCACAGUUCCAGCCCCUCCCUCUCCCCCUCCCCAAAACGUUCAGCCCAAUGCAGUGCCUCAGAAUGGGGCUGGGGGAGUCACUCAGGCCACAUUCCCUUCAGCAGAGACUCCUGAGUUUGGAUUCAGCAGCACUUUGCCAUCGUCUGUCAUUACACACACUGCCUCUGCAACCCUUACCCACAAUGUUGCUGCUGCUACCUACGGUCAGAGCCCAAGUCUCAUGCUCACAACAUGCCCUCAAGCAGGGCCCUGCGAUGCCUCUGUGAUUCCUCGCUUUCAGCCCCAGCCCUCUGCAACGGCUCAGACUUUUGCCCUCCCAAAGCCAGUGAAACCUAAAGGAAUAAGGACGAAACAGCUGCAGAAAAUCGUGCCUGCUCCCAAACCCAUAGUGUUUACAAAUACUUUAAUAGCACCAGCUUCCUUUCCUGGGCAAAGCAGUGCUGCGAUUGUCACCCCUGCACCUUUAAAAAGUGAAGGGGUAUCUCCACCCAGUGUUGUCCUUGCACCCGCUGCCAUUGGAAGGAACCCAGGAGUGACAGAGUUCCAUAUAUUGCAACCAACAGUAACCUCUCAACACCUUAUCAUAGCCAAAGAUGAGCUGGGCUCCUCCACAAGCUGCAGAGCGCAAACUCCUUCUCCUACAUCUAACAGGGAACGUCACAAUUCAGGUCAGGGGUCUCUAUGCACUUCCGAACAGAUUCCCGAUCCCCAGUCAUCCCAGAACAGCUCCACCAGCAAAUCCAAAACGGACUCGUGCAUCGUUGGAUUUAAGAGCCGAAGAAUAACCCACAUCUCUGCAGAACAAAAGAGGAGAUUCAACAUCAAGAUUGGUUUUGACACGUUGAACACUUUAGUCCCAAUGUUAAAAUCUCAGUCAAAUUCAAAACCAAUAAGUAAUGCAGCCACUCUUCAGAAGACUGUGGAAUAUAUUGCCAAGUUACAACAAGAGCGAGCGCAGAUGCAGGAGGAGGCCAAACGUCUCAAGGAUGAAAUUGACACACUCAAUACUUCCAUCAAUUCUUGCCAGCAGCAGCUGCCUGCUACGGGAGUACCGAUAACACGCCAGCGCUUUGAUCACAUGCGGGAGAUGUUUGAUGACUACGUGAAGAACAGGACGCUUCAGAACUGGAAGUUCUGGAUAUUCAGCAUAAUCACUAAACCGCUAUUCGAGUCCUUCAAUGGAAUGGUUUCAACAACAAGUUUAGAUGACAUGUGUAACACCACGCUGUCCUGGCUGGAGGAGCACUGUCCGUUGCCUGUUCUGCGGCCAAUGGUCUUAAGCACCCUGCGCCAGCUCAGCACCACAACCUCCAUCCUGUCUGACCCAUCGCUUUUACCUGAGCAAGCAACACAGGCCGUCCGCAAGAUGAACAGAAGCGGAGAAUCUUAGCAAAUAACUUUUGGGAGCAUAGGGGGUUCUCUUCUCAAACUGUCCCUCUCAGUUAUAGGGAUUUUUUUUUUUUUUUUCUCUCUUGCUCUUGCACUAAGCAGUCCAGGCUGUUAACUGUACAAUCCCAAUGCGAUGGCCAUUAAUCCGCAGAGGUCUGCCCUGCCGCGUGUAGUUGUUGCUCUCUCUCUGGCUUGAGGGCUGGUCUCAGGUACGCUGUGGUCGAAGGAGCUGCUGGUGUCCACAGUGAAGCACCAUGCCCCGGGAACGAGUCGUGCUCGCGGCCCCUAGGGGUGCAACACAGCUUAGUGAGCAGCAGAGAGGAACUAUGCAUGACCCAGGCUGCACUUUUACAGUGUCAUUGAAAAUUUUGAAGACUCUUUGUUUAGGUAAAGGGAAAUGCGUGAAGAUGGAAUCUUUAAUUGUUUUUUUUUCUGUGCUAUCUUUUCUUUACAUAUACGUGCACACAACUGUUAUACAGUAUGAUUUUCCAAAUAUGUUGUUUUACGUGGGGCAGAUCUAGAUCUAUAGGUUCGUUUUAGUUGUGGUUCUGCCUGGCAAGCACGUCUGUCUUAUUUUAAUUUUUUUUUUUUUUUUUUUUUUACUGGUAUAGUGGAUGAUGUGUAUUGGGAGUGUCUGUUUUAGAAGCAACAUGUGCACAGCUUUUUCUGUUUAUUUUAUUCGCGCCUAAAGAAUUAGCCAGGUUUGUUUAAAAAAUCAGGUAUAUUUGUCUCGCUGUUCUUUAUCGUUCAUUGAAGCUCUUCAGUCUGUACCUCUUCCAGUCUUGUAGUUCAGCUCAUCUUGCAGAAUGCCUUAACACAGGCUUCUUGGGGGUGAAAUCUGAAAGAUCCUUGUAAACUACCUUAUUUGAGAAAUAUAUCCAUUGUGCCAGGGUGCAACAUUAACCCCACACCUACAGAAAAUACAGAACCCAGCAAUGACCUGCUUUUUAAAUAAGUUAGUAUUGUUGAUCCCUGGAUUAUGGUGAGACUUGCACAAUAACACUGUGAUGAAUCAUUCUAAAUUCCAGGUUCUAUAUACAGUAGGUGUAACAGUAAUAUAUGGAUGUAUUUACGCUCAAGUGCUCAGGGAUAUAUACAUGAGCUUAUACAACUACCAAAUAUGAAGUUCAGGGACAGUUGACACAAGAUACAUUGGGUCAUAUUCACAAAGCAUAGUAUCCAGUGCUUACUUAAAAAAACAAAAAUGCUUUAAAUAAGUAACUUGGAUACUGAGGUUAUUUUAAGAGCUGUGUACCUUUGUUUGUUGCUAGUUCUGCAAUAUAAAUACUUUACACCCGCCCUCUCUAUAGAUAUUUUGUUUGACAUUUGUAGUGUUCCAUUUUUUUUUGCAUUUUCACAUGUUCUCACACUUCAUGUUUUUUGGUCCUUUUGAUUUUUUAGCUGGUUCUGUGUGUUGACAUGUGGAAAUGUAUGUUUGUAUCUGUUUUCUGUUCCAGAUACUGUAGGUGCAUGCAGUUGAACCUGCUUGGACAAAAUAACAAAAGUCCUGGACAAACACGUAGACUAUUUUUAGUGCUUGGUUGCAACAAAUACAUUACUUUUGUGACCUUUAAGUAUCGGUGAUGGUGAUCUUUUAGGGCAUGUGCCUACAGUGUUUUUCACUCGCAUGGUAAUGCCGAUGCUUUAUGCACCAACUACAGAAGUAAUACUGCGCUGCAGAUGCUUUUGGUUGACAGCAUUAUCUGGUUUGACUUUUCAGUUCUUGUAUAUAAUAAAACACCCCUCUAUCCCUCCGCACCUGAUCUUUAUUCAUAUGAGGAGAAAACGCAUGGGUGAUAUUACCACGUUUUUGGCAUCAGAACCUGAUGGGUUUAUACCAGUUAGUUAUAGCAACUUUUAUGGAGAUGUUAAGUGUAUUUUACUAGUUAUUAAUCUCCGAGGGAAUGUAAAUACAAGGAAGUCCGUGUCAUAUGUAUGACUUGGGGUGAAAAGCUCCUUGCUAAAUAUUACAGGUUUUUUAAAAAAAAAUUUAAUGUUAUUUAUUUUUUAUUGAAUGCGUUUCAUCGAAAGCACUGUGAAACGCAGUCCAGAAAAAGUGCUAUGCAAUGAAAAAGUUGGUUUCAGAAAAGCUGUCGAGGCGUUUACAUGUAUCUUCCUGUCUGUUUAUUUGUUACUGUGAGAUCAUUUGAUACUUGCUG